AUGGUUCAACUCAAGGCCGCUGCUCUAGCUUUCCUUUUCGCUGGUCAAGCACUUUCCGGACCUGUUGAUUCCCGACAGGCCUCCGUGAGCAUCGAUGCCAAAUUCAAGACCCAUGGAAAGAAGUAUUUUGGAACUAUUGGUGACCAGGGCACCUUGACCAAGAAUACCCAGAAUCCAGCAAUUAUCAAGGCUGAUUUCGGUCAACUGACCCCGGAGAACAGCAUGAAGUGGGAUGCUACUGAGCCGAACCGAGGCCAAUUUUCCUUCUCGGGGUCGGAUUACCUGGUCAACUUUGCCCAGUCAAACGGGAAGCUGAUCCGUGGUCACACUCUCGUUUGGCACUCUCAGCUCCCCUCAUGGGUCUCCUCCAUCACGGACAAGAACACUCUCAUCAGCGUCAUGCAGAACCACAUUACCACGUUGAUGACCCGCUACAAGGGCAAGAUCUACGCCUGGGACGUCCUGAAUGAGAUAUUCAACGAGGACGGCUCCCUCCGCAACAGCGUCUUCUACAACGUCAUUGGCGAGGAUUACGUGCGCAUCGCUUUCGAGACCGCUCGCGCUGCGGAUCCCAAUGCAAAGCUCUAUAUCAACGAUUACAACCUGGACUCUGCUUCUUACUCCAAAGUGAGCGGCAUGGUUAGCCACGUCAAGAAGUGGCUUGCAGCUGGUAUUCCCAUUGACGGAAUUGGCUCUCAAACUCACUUGAGCGCUGGUGCCGCUCUGAAUGCUCUUGCCGGCGCCGGAACCCAGGAAAUCGCAAUCACUGAGCUUGACAUUGCUGGCGCUAGCUCUACGGACUAUGUCAAUGUUGUCAAUGCUUGUCUAAACCAGGCAAAGUGUAUCGGAAUCACAGUUUGGGGAGUCGCUGACCCGGAUUCGUGGCGCGCCAGCUCCACACCUCUGCUGUUUGACGGCAACUACAACCCCAAGGCUGCGUAUACCGCUAUUGCGAAUGCCCUCUAG